AGAAAUAAUAUUAUUAAUAAUCUAAUAAUAUUAUUAAUAUUUGCGUACAUUUUGAAGUAAGCUGACAAAGAUUAGAGCAAAGAUAUCCUAUUAGCGCCACCUAGUGGCCGGCGUCAUUUUGUAGUCAGCUGCGUGCUUCAUGUGCUCUGUCUUUAAUUUUAUUAGCAUGGUUGUCUUUACUUGUAACCACUGUGGUGAUUCAUUGCAAAAGCCCAAAGUGGCUAAACAUUAUCAAUUUAGAUGCCGGAAUGUACCCUUUUUAACAUGUGCGGACUGCUUAAAAGAUUUUCGGGGUGAGGAAUAUAAUGUACACACCAAAUGCAUAACCGAAGCCGAACGAUACGGCGGAAAAAAUUAUGUUUCAAAACCUAAUGCAAAUAAAGGAGAAAGAAAACAGCAGGAAUGGAUUUGUGUUGUUAACAAUUUGUUGAGUGGAAUAACAAAUUUGUCCAAGGCAGAAAGAAACUUUCUUAACACUUUAUCAAAAUAUGAUAAUCUACCAAGGAAGAAGGUUAAAUUCCUUAACUUUGUACGCAGUGCAGUGGGCAAUCGUGUAAAUAUGACAGUUGUGGAGAGCGUCUGGGAUAAAAUGGAAACUGCGCAUAAACAAAAUCAAGAGUCUGUUACACAAACUCGAGAACAAGACACUACGCAGAUUCCAGAACAAAAUAAUGUAGAUGAGACAACAUGUACUCAAAAUAAAGAUUUGAAUCAUUCAUUUGACAAUCAAAAUAUUGUUGAAAAUCAAAAUAAUGAAAAUAUAUGCAAAGAAAAUGGUUCUUCAAAGCAACACAAUGGAAAUGGUGAAGUAUGCGAGACUAAUGGUGAUAAUGUGUGUGAGAGAAAAUCUAAGAAACGACGAUUGAAAUCAACUAAUGAUCAAAUAGCAGAGGAUGUCCAACCUGCUGCAAAGAUUUCAAAAACAUCUACUUUAGAGACAAACGAAAAUGAAAAGAAUAGUAGUCCGUUUGAUUGGAAAAAGAUUGUUUUAGAUGUUGUACAAGCUAAAAAUGAAAUAUCUUUAAAGAAAUUACAAAGCAAAGUGAUUAAAAAAUAUAAAUGUUAUGUUUCUAAUACACAUGAUGUAAGUAAUCUGACUGAUGCAGAAUGUGAAGAAGCUAUUAGAAAGUUUAACAAAACAUUGAAAAAGAUGAAAAAAGCAUCUGUAAUAUAUAUUCUAGAAGAUAUAGUAAAAUUACCACCCUUAGUUGAAUAAUCAUUUUCAUACAGGUGUCAGCGAAAAAGCAAAACAGUAAAUACUUAAUGAAAUAACAGCUGUCGGAAGAUAUGUAAUCUUAUUACCUAUAUACAUAUAUGUAUAUUUAUAUAUAUAUAUAUAUAUGAGUGUAUAUUAAUAUUAAUUGCUUAGAACACAAACUUUGUAUCACCUUCAGAAACAAUAUAUACAGUCUCUUAAUUUUUUCUUUAUGUAUUUUAUUUGUAAUUAAUGAAAAUCAGAUGGAAAGUCAUGUAAAAAUUUUUCAGAAUACCAUGCAUGAUCACUCAUAGUUGCUAAAAGACCCUUUGUAAGUACUUUGCCAUUGCUAGCUCCAAAAUAGAUCGGUUGCUGAUCAUACAACUGUGUCACUGUUCCUCCUAAAGCACUAUAUUGAAAAUAAAAUAGAUAAAUAAAAUGGAA